AUGGAGAAAUGUAAAGAUGAGCCUUCAAGCUAUAUUUGCACAACAUGCAAGCACCCUUUUAAUAGCGCUUGGUUCUUGCUUCAGCAUGCCCAGAAUACACAUGGAUUCCGCAUCUACUUGGAAACUAGCCCUUCAAACAGCUCCCUUACUCCACGCAUCACCAUCCCUCCUCCUCUGGGACCCGAGACUGUUGCACAGUCCCCGCUGAUGAAUUUCCUAGGUGACAAUAACCCUUUUAGUCUCUUACGAAUGACAGGUCCCAUCCUGCGUGAUCAUCCUGGCUUUGGUGAAGGUCGGCUUCCUAAUACACCUCCCCUCUUCAGCCCGCCACCUCGUCAUCAUCUGGAUCCACAUCGCCUUAGUGCCGAAGAAAUGGGGUUAGUUGCCCAGCAUCCUAGUGCCUUUGACAGAGUCAUGCGUUUAAACCCCAUGGCAAUUGAGUCGCCAGCGAUGGAUUUCUCCAGAAGGCUUCGAGAACUGGCAGGAAACAAUGCCACCCCACCACCAGUCUCGCCUAGUCGCAGCAACCCUAUGCAUCGCUUAUUGAAUCCUUUCCAGCCAAGCCCUAAAUCUCCUUUUCUGAACACUCCUCCAUUGCCACCAAUGCCUCCAAGCAGCACUACGCCUCCUCAGCCUCAGGCAAAGAGUAAGUCCUGUGAAUUUUGUGGAAAAACCUUCAAGUUUCAGAGCAAUCUCAUUGUCCACCGGCGCAGUCACACGGGAGAGAAGCCCUAUAAAUGCCAACUCUGUGACCAUGCUUGUUCCCAAGCCAGCAAGUUAAAACGCCAUAUGAAAACACAUAUGCACAAAGCUGGAUCCAUGACAGGGAGGUCUGAUGAUGGAUUAUCUGCUACAAGUUCCCCAGAGCCUGGCACAAGUGAACUAACUGGAGAGGGACUAAAGUCUAGUGAGGCAGAUUUCAGGAAUGAGAGUGAUCCUUCUCUAGGCCAUGACAAUGAAGAAGAGGAGGAGGAAGAGGAGGAGGAAGAGGAGCUGGAAAAUGAAAGCCGACCUGAGUCAAGCUUUAGCAUGGAUUCAGAACUAAGCCGUAACCGAGAGAAUGGUUCCAAAUCGCUGCCAGAUGAAAAAUCCCUUGUCCUAGGAAAAGUGAUAGAGAAUGUAAGCCUCGGUACUAUCCAGCAAUACAGUGACAUGUUGGCUGAAAAGCAGAAAAGAGGUGGCUUUAUGAAAAGGUCUUCAGAUCAGCGAGAUCUGUGCCCUCGAGACCUUUGCCAGAGAGACACAGGUGAUGAAGACUCAGUAGCUGGAGAACUUGACCGCACUGAGGAAGGGACAGUGAAUGGGAGAAACUUUGGGCCAGGUGAACCCUUCCCAGGGCUAUUCCCUCGUAAGCCCACCCCUAUUACAAGCCCCAAUUUAAAUAACUCCUCCAAAAGAAUAAAGAUAGAAAAAGAUUUGGACUUGCCACCAGCAACAAUAAUACCUUCUGAAAAUGUUUACUCUCAGUGGCUGGUAGGAUACGCAGCAUCAAGGCACUUCAUGAAGGAUCCAUUUCUAGGAUUCACAGACUCCCGACAAUCCCCCUUUGCAACAUCAUCUGAGCAUUCCUCAGAGAACGGAAGCCUGCGUUUCUCUACUCCACCAGGUGAUAUGCUGGAUGGUGGUCUCUCAGGGCGCAGUGGGACGGCGAGCGGAGGCAGCACCCCCCAUAUCAGUGGACCUGGUCCUGGUCGACCCAGUUCAAAGGAAGGACGGCGGAGUGACACGUGUGAAUACUGUGGCAAGGUCUUUAAGAACUGCAGUAACUUAACGGUGCAUCGCCGGAGCCACACAGGAGAGCGGCCUUACAAAUGUGAGCUCUGCAACUAUGCAUGUGCCCAGAGCAGUAAGCUGACACGUCAUAUGAAAACGCAUGGCCAGAUAGGGAAGGAGGUCUACCGCUGCGACAUUUGCCAGAUGCCCUUCAGUGUUUACAGCACCCUGGAGAAACACAUGAAAAAGUGGCAUGGCGAACACUUGCUGACAAAUGAUGUAAAAAUUGAGCAGGCAGAAAGAAGUUAAGCCCCCCUCCC